GUGACUGGAAUGCAAAAUAAUGCAAUGUCUUCUCUAUUACGCCGAGUGCUGCGUGUUUGUUGUACAGUUUCGAAUUUACCGGUGAUAAGGCGCCCCGCAUUAACUUAUAAAUUACGCCCCCUUAAUAAGUUUUAUUCAAUAUCCCAUCAGGAGGUAACCAAGAAGAUGCCUUCAGAAAAAAUAUUACCGCAGAUUUUUAAAUAUGUUGACCAGAAUGUGGAUUCGUAUAAGAACCUUUUAAAAGAAGCUGUAGCAAUUCCAUCUGUAUCAUGUGAUGUAAAAUACCGUGAUGACUGUGUUCGAAUGGUUGAGUGGACAAAGGAAAAAUUAAAGGAGGUUGGCGCGAGUACUGAACUACGAGAUGUUGGAUAUCAAACAAUUGAUGGCAAUCAAGUUAAAUUGCCGCCCGUCCUUGUUGGUACUUUGGGCAAUGACCCAAAGAAGAACACCAUCUGUAUUUAUGGGCAUUUGGAUGUGCAACCAGCUUUGAAAUCUGAUGGCUGGGAAUCUGAGCCCUUCGAACUUGUUGAGCGUAAUGACAAACUCUAUGGCAGAGGUGCUACUGAUGAUAAGGGACCAGUGUUGGGAUGGCUGCAUGCUAUUAAUGCUUACAAGGGCAUUGGUGAAGAGCUUCCAGUCAAUUUGAAAUUUGUUUUUGAAUGCAUGGAAGAGUCUGGUUCGGAAGGAUUGGAUGAGCUGCUAAUGACGAAAUUGAAACCUGAAGGGUUCUUUGAUUCCGUUGAUUAUGUUUGCAUUUCUGACAACUACUGGCUAGGAACAACUAAACCAUGUAUUACAUACGGUUUGAGAGGAAUCAGUUAUUACUUCUUGGAAGUGGAGUGUGCAAAAAUGGAUUUACAUAGCGGUGUUUAUGGUGGAACAGUGCAUGAAGCAAUGACAGAUUUAAUUUAUUUGAUGAACACACUAGUGGACAAGAAUGGAAAGAUAUUAGUUACGGGUGUUUACGAUUCCGUAGCGCCCUUGACCGAAAACGAAAAGAAGCUAUAUGAUACAAUUGAUUUUGACCCUGAAGCUUACAGGAAAUCGAUCGAAGCCCACAAACUGGCACACAACGGUGUGAAGGAACAACUCCUAAUGCACAGGUGGAGAUACCCAAGCCUAUCUCUUCAUGGCAUUGAAGGUGCCGCUUUCCAGCCGGGUGCGAAAACCGUGAUCCCCGGCAAGGUGAUUGGAAAAUUCUCCAUUCGUCUUGUCCCCAACCAGGAGCCGCAAGAAAUUGAAAAACUGGUCUUUGAUUAUGUUCACAAAAAGUGGGAAGAGCACGGGUCGCCGAACAAGAUGCGCAUCUGGGCGCAGAGUGGGCGCGCGUGGACCGAGAACCCGGACCACCCGCACUACCAGGCCGCCGCCAGGGCCACCAAGCUUAUAUACCAGACGGAGCCGGACAUGUCGCGCGAGGGCGGCUCGAUCCCGGUGACGAUCACGCUGCAGGAGGCGAGCGGGCGCAACGUGCUGCUGCUGCCGAUGGGCGCCGGCGACGACAUGGCGCACUCGCAGAACGAGAAGCUCAACGUGCGCAACUACAUCGAGGGGAUAAAACUUUUCGCUGCAUAUUUGUAUGAAGUCAGCAAAUUACCUAAAUAGGGAGCCACAUCUACAGAAAAUUGCAGCAACUAAAAUUGGAUCGAAAUUUAAAAAUGAUCAGUAUUUUUUGAAUUAAUGUGAUUGGUUUUGCACGAGCUUAUUCAAUUCGUAUAAUUCGAUUAUAAAAAGCUGCCUUACAUUUUAUUAUAUUAAAAAGUAAAGGACAAAACAUUCCAUAUCAUUGAGUACAAUGUGGAACUAAUAUUAUGUAAUGUGUUUACACGAAUGCUGUUAUUUUUUAUUAAAAUGUAAUAUCUUCAUUUUUUGCAU